AAACAAACACCGAGUAAACAUAACAAGAAUAUCACUACGAAAACUAAAAAAAAUCCAUAUUUUAGAGAAUAAUAAAUUAUGUCUGAUGAAGAAGAUAUUCAGUAUGUUAAGAAAACAAAAACCAUUCACUAUGGAUCUCUAGAAGAUUCUGAAAAGGCUAGAAUUGAAGCUCAAAAUGAAGAAAGUAAUGAUGCUCAAUCUUCAGCUCCUGCAGCUAAUUCCCCUGUUCAAGAGACAUCAGAGUAUAUGGAACUUGAAGAUGCUAUGUCUAGAGAUAAGCAAGCUUUACUUGAAGAAUUUGAAAGACGAAGAAAAGCAAGAUCAAUAAAUGUAUCCACUGAUGAUGCUGAAGUUAAAAGAAAUUUGCGGCAACUAGGCGAACCUAUUUGCCUUUUUGGGGAAGGUCCUGCUGACAGAAGGUCGCGUUUAAGGGAUAUUUUAAGUCGAAUAGGAGAAGAUGCAGUAAUAAGAAGAGAAGCAGAAGAAGAAAGAAAACUAUAUGAAAAAGAUCAAGAAACAACAUGGUACCAUGAAGGACCAGAGUCAUUAAGAAUAGCUAGAUUAUGGAUAGCUGAAUAUUCAUUACCAAGAGCCAAAGAAAGAUUAGAGGAAGCUAGAAGGCAAUUUGAUUUACCAGCUGCAACUAAAACGUCAAGAACUCAAGAGUUACAGAAGAAAAUUCAAGCAAUGUCCAUCUAUUGUAGUCAAAUUGGAGACACCAGACCUAUCUCAUAUUGUCAGUUUAGUCCAAAUUCUGAACUGUUAGCUACAGCAUCCUGGAGUGGUUUAUGUAAAGUAUGGUCAAUUCCAGAUUGUGAGUUAAAACAAACAUUAAAAGGCCAUACAUGUAAUGUCGGUGCAAUAGUAUUUCAUCCAAAGGCCACCCUUGACCAAGAGGAAAAAAUUUGCAAUAUGGCUUCAUGUGCAGCAGAUGGAUCUGUAAAAUUGUGGGAUUUUGUAAGCGAAGAACCUAUUGCCGAUAUUGAAGGCCAUAUGCCUCAUAGAGUGUCAAGAAUAGCAUUUCAUCCAUCAGGGAGAUUUCUAGGAACUUGUUGUUUUGAUAAUUCUUGGAGAUUAUGGGACUUACAUCAAUGUCAAGAAGUUCUACAUCAAGAGGGACAUGUCAAACCAGUAUAUUGUAUAUCGUUUCAAGGAGAUGGAUCUGUUUGUGCUACUGGAGGAAUGGAUGCUUUUGGUAGAGUAUGGGAUCUUAGGACAGGGAGAUGCAUUAUGUUUAUGGAAGGUCAUUUAAAAGGCAUAUUAGGAAUUGAUUUCUCAUCUAAUGGUCAUCAUAUAGCCACAGCUAGUGAAGAUAAUGCUUGCAAAAUAUGGGAUUUACGGAAACGAUCCAUUUUGUACACAAUACCUGCACACACGAAUUUGAUCUCGGAUGUUAAAUUUCAGAAAUUUACUGGCAAUUAUUUAGCGACGGCUUCAUAUGAUAACACAGUAAAAAUAUGGACCAGCAAAACGUGGCAACCUUUGAAAACGUUGUCUGGCCAUGAUGGAAAAAUUAUGUGUAUGGAUAUAGCACCUAAUGAUCAAUAUAUAGUUAGCAGUUCUUAUGACAGAACAUUUAAAUUAUGGACGCCGGAAGUCAUUUAAGUAUAAUUGUAUUUUUUUAAUAAAAAACGUUUUUAAUUAUUAUGUUGAUUGAUUUUCUUCUCU